CAUAAGACGGUGCAUUUUCGCCCCCGAAAAUGAAGAUCCUUGAGUCUGUGGUCUGUUUGAUUCUGAACAAUGAAAGCUCUAAAUAUUGAUCUUUAGGAUUUUGGAAAGAUGCAAGGAUCGUGAUCUGCCGACGCACAGAGCAUGACAAGCCGAAGAUCUCAAUCCUCACAAGUGCAAGUCACUGGUAACGAACGAAAAGAUUUAGAACUGGAGUCUCUUUUGGAAAGAUUAUGAUCAAUUCCAACUCUGUAUCUCCCCUGAAGUUGCUCACACUUUCAACCACUUGAUGGUCACCUCUUUAACCACUUCAUCACCUAAUCAUUGUCAACAGGGAAUCCAUUUGUGAAAGUUGUUUCAACCUUCUUUCCUGCACAACAUCAGAAAAGAUGGCGAUCUCCAAGGCUGCCGCUACGGCCAAGAAGACGGCCAAGAAGGUCGUGGCCUCCGAGGCCUCCAGUGCCCGCAAGGUCCGCACCAACGUGCACUUCUUCCGUCCCAAGACGAAGACCGUGAAGCGCGCCCCGAAGGCCCCGAAGAAGACCGUUAUGGCCAUGAACAAGAUGGACAAAUUCCGUAUCAUCAAGUGCCCGGUCACCACCGAGUCCGCCAUGAAGAAGAUCGAGGAGAUCAACACUUUGGUACUUCUUUAGAUGGCUUCGUUUGUUUAGAUUUUGUUUUAGAGCAGUCUUCAGGAAGUUUUGUGGCGGCAUCUCAGGGUGGGUCCCGAAGUCUCCUUAGGGUUUAGGGUUCUGAUUGAUUUAGAUUUAGAUCGCAGUCUACGCGUUAGAAGAAUUCGGAUUUAGGUUCGUGGCAUGUUCGAGCCUCUGUGCACUCGUAGUCGGUUCUACCAUUGACGUCGCUCCCUAGUACCGUGACAUGAACCAACAUUUGAAGGUGGCACUUCAUCAUGUUUUGGUAGUCUCAAAGCCUCUAAUCUCCAGAAUACCCAAGAAUCUAUUCUCAAACUGUCCAAUCUCAGGUCUUCGUCUGCGAUGUCAAGGCAUCCAAGGCUCAGAUCCGUGAGGCCGUCCAGUCCUUGUAUGACAUCAAGUGCCAGAAGGUCAACACCUUGAUCCGCUCUGACGGUUCCAAGCGCGCCUACGUCCGACUGUCCGCUGACCACGACGCUUUGGACGUCGCUAACCGUAUGGGCGUUAUCUAAAUUCGGAUUCUCCACUACUGAGUGCGGUUUAUUCGGAAGAUGGGAUACUCAUUUGCGGAGGUCUACAUAGCAGGAAGAUAAGAGGGGAAGACAUGAAGAUGAGAAAUUUUUGGAAGUGCGGUUCUUGGAGAAGGUGGGAAGCGAUGUGGUCCGAUGACGAAGCAAACAGGGGAUGUGCGUGAUGAAAAGUAGAAGCACAACACUGUGAUUUGACAUCAUGCAUUCCCAUCCAUGUGGAACUUCAAUAUUCGGUUGACAUCUAAAUCAUCUCUCAAUCUGCCUUUCAAGUUUCUUGUCGGGAGACAACAACAAAAAAAGAAGAGGUGUCUCCUCUUUCUGCGGAGAGGGAACCACGGCCGAUGGCAAAAUUCGAGUGUGUUCAGCACCGGGAUCUACGUACCCGAGGAUGUUGAAAGUCGUGAAAACUACACGG